AUGAGCCAGGGACAGGAUGAAGAUUAUUGUAAACAAAAUAGGUGCCAGUCUAUUGAUAUCUAUCUGAGUCUGUUCAUAAUUAUCUAUCUAUCUAUCUAUCUAUCUAUCUAUCUAUCUAUCUAUCUCAAACUAUUCAUAUCUAUCUAUCUAUCUAUCUAUCUAUCUAUCUAUCUAUCUAUCCUUGGCUUUUUAGUAUCUAUCUAUCUAUCUAUCUAUCUAUCUAUCUCAAACUAUUCAUAUCUAUCUCAGACUAUUCAUAUCUAUCUAUCUAUAUAUCUAUCUAUCUCAGACUAUUCAUAUCUAUCUAUCUAUCUAUCUAUCUAUCUAUCUAUCUAUCUAUCAUCUAUCAUUCAUCUAUCUCAAACUAUUCAUAUCUAUCUCAGACUAUUCAUAUCUAUCUAUCUAUCUAUCUAUCUAUCUAUCUAUCUAUCUAUCUAUCUCAGACUAUUCAUAACUAUUUAUCUUCCUAUGAACCGCUGUUGUAGAAACAACUCCAAAUCUGUUGAUAUCUAUCUAUCUAUCUAUCUAUCUAUCUAUCUAUCUAUCUAUCUAUCUAUCUAUCUCAGUCUCUGGGGACAGGAUGGAGAUGAUUGCAAACAAAAUAGGUGCCAGUCUGUUGAUAUCUAUCUAUCCAGCAUUGUUCAUAUCUAUCUAUCUAUCUCAAAAUAUUCAUAUCUAUCUAUCUAUCUAUCUAUCUAUCUAUCUAUCUAUCUAUCUAGCUAUCUAGCUAUCUAUCUAUCGAUCUAG